AGCAGAGACCCGAACCCAAAUCCAAACCCCUCCCCUCUUCUUCCUCCUGCUCUUCCGCUCCUAGGGUUUUGCCUGCCGUCAGCGACGCCGCGAUGGAUCCCACCUCGUCGUCGGCGAUGGCGAAGCAGACGUGGGAGCUGGAGAACAACAUCCCGGCGAAGGUCAUCGACCCGGAGGCGAUGGACGAGGUCUACCGCUUCGACGAGGUGGCGAACGCCCGGGCGCUGCAGCAGAAGCCUUGGGCGAACGACCCCCACCACUACCGCCGCGUCAGGAUCUCCGCCCUCGCGCUCCUCAAGAUGGUCGUCCACGCCCGCUCCGGGGGCACCAUCGAGAUCAUGGGCCUCAUGCAGGGCAAGGUCGACGGCGACACCAUGGUCGUCAUGGACGCCUUCGCGCUCCCCGUCGAGGGCACCGAGACCAGGGUUAACGCCCAGGCUGACGCCUACGAGUACAUGGUCGAUUACUCCACCAUCAACAAGCAGGCUGGAAGGUUGGAAAAUGUGAUUGGCUGGUAUCACUCACACCCUGGUUAUGGAUGCUGGCUGUCAGGCAUUGAUGUUUCAACUCAGAUGCUUAAUCAGACGUAUCAAGAGCCAUUCUUGGCUGUUGUGAUAGACCCUACAAGGACUGUUUCUGCUGGUAAAGUGGAGAUUGGAGCUUUUAGGACAUAUCCGAAAGAUUACAAGCCACCGGAUGAUCCUAUUUCUGAGUACCAGACCAUACCACUCAACAAGAUUGAAGAUUUUGGUGUCCACUGCAAACAGUACUAUCCUUUGGAUAUAACAUACUUCAAGUCAUCCCUGGACUCUCACCUCCUUGAUCUACUCUGGAACAAGUACUGGGUCAACACAUUAUCUUCAUCACCACUUCUGGGCAACAGGGAUUAUGUUGCCGGACAGAUCUUUGAUUUAGCUGAUAAACUAGAGCAAGCUGAAGGGCAACUGGCACACAGUAGAUUCGGCAUGCUUAUGUCAUCACAACGAAAGAAAGAGCCAGAGGACUCUCCGCUGGCUAAGGUUACCCGGGAUAGCUCCAAAAUUACUGCCGAACAGGUUCAUGGUCUCAUGUCACAAGUCAUAAAGGACAUUCUCUUCAACUCAGUGCACCCGUCAAGUAAGGCAAGCACAAGUGCUCCAGAAUCACCUGUGCCCGAGCCUAUGGUUGAAACUUGACUCUGGUGAAAUGCUUUACAUGCUAGGCUGUUUGGAUGCUGGAUUAACUGACACUCGGCUUGUGAGCUGUUUUAUCACUUUAAAAUUGUUGCCAGCAUACCCAUCUCAAACCGCGUAAGCUGAGUUUCUUAUGCCAAAACUGAAACGAUAUGUAAUUAGGAGUCACCUUUUGUGUCUUUGGCUGACAUUGAGAGGGCUUGUAAUUUACUUUAGGGUCUGCAUGGAGUAAAAACUUCUUGGAUGUACUGCUUAUCUUUGUCAAUGUUGACGGCCUUUCUCUGGUA